AUGCAAAAGGCCGUCGAAGAGAAGUCAAGGGAACAUAUCCAGGCCAGUAGCAUGACUGAAGGAAAGUCACCAUUGGCCGUGAACGUGCUGUCUGAGAAGUGGCCGGAGAGGUUCAAGAUACCCAAUCUCGACAACUUCGACGGAACCGGUUGUCCAGAAAGUCACGUCGCAAAAUUUUACAUCAAAAUUGUCCUAUUAGAUGUUACAGACGCAAUAUUCUGUAAAACUUUUCCGACCAUGCUAAGCGACACAACGCAACGAUGGUUCUUCACGAACAUUCAGACUAAGAGAAGCUCAGAAGAACUCUAUAGGUGUAGGCAAGGCGAGGGAGAGACGCUCAAAGCGUAUAUUGAAAGAUUCAACAAUGAGGCCAUAAAGAUUGAAGACUUGAACAAUGACAUGAACGUCCAAACCCUGAAUAAGGGUACGCGAAUAGGAGUGCUAGGAAAUAAGCUAAGUUCAAAGAAGGCAAAGACUUAUCAGGAAGUUAUGGUAGUAGCACAGAAGUGCAUAAACGACGGUAAAAGGCAGAAGACUAGCGACGCGCCAAAAAAGGAGGAAAGCAAGAGAGGUACCUCACAAAGACAAUCUUCACAAUCGCGAAAGGACUAUGGAACAAGCCUCUGCAGCAUCAGCAAAUACACACCAUAUGAGAACAGUAACCGUUGGAGGAACUACACCAGAACGCAUGUGAUGUGGCCUAAAAAGAUGAUCCACAGUACAGGAACAAGAGAUGAAAACAGAUGCUGCAAGUUCCAUGAGGACUACGGGCAUGACAUAAAAGAGUGA